GUUUCUUCACCUCUAUGCACAUGCUUGAUUCUUGUAACAUUUAAUAAAAGUGAAAAAUGUCCAGACAAGGGUCGAUAAUAAUGAAAAAGUAGUGCUGGUGUGGAGAAUUACUCCAGGAGAACGAGAUUUAAUUGUGUAUAAAAACCGGGCUAGCGCCGGAUAACGGAAAAACCAAUUGGACAAGAGGCGUGCAAGCAGUUCGAGUGUGAAAGAAUCCGGAUUUCUGUCGUCAUUUUCAUGGAAUAGGUGUUGCAAUCUUACGGGUAUACCAAAUAGUAGCCGAGAUGGAGGAUUCCAGGAAGCAGACCACCAUGGGACCACCGGCGCCAGUGGCCUCCAGUCCCAAUCAACUAAGUCCCGGUAAUGCCAGUAGUGCCCCUGCUCCACAGGCCACCAGAAAUGCAGCUGCUCCCAAGCGGAUAAUUAAGAAGAUUCAGCUGGAUUUCAACAAGCUUAAGGAAGCGGGACUCGACAGGCAGUUGGCCGAGGUCCUCAGAAAGCAGAAGUUGGAAGCCAAGAAGGUGGAAGCCCCGUCAUCCAGUAAGCCCUCCCCCUCUGCCGAUGCGAAGUCGACGUCGGCCGCGGCAGAGAUGAAAUUGCAGUCGCAACAACAACAAUUGCAUCAGCCUGCAGAGCCGGAACCCUUAGUGAAACGUAUUUCGAUUUCGGAAUUUAUUGAAAAAACGGUGCCGAUCCAGCCGAUCCCUAAUCCGACGGAAGGCGACCGCUCGAAGCAAGUCAAGGCGCUAUUAAAGAACAGGAUUCUGAGCAAGAACAUGGCCAUCGGAACGCAGCCCCAGCAGAAACCGACAACCUCCAAGGGAGCAUCCAAGAUGCCACCAUCUGCUGCCCAGAGCUCUGCUCCCCGCAGUGUAGGAAACCCUGCAUCUCCUGCCGCCUUCUCUGGACCCAUUGCAAAGGCGGACUUGACUGUCCGCCAAAAGCAGCCACCAGUGCUGCUCAAUCUGGUGAAUCAACUGCCCAAACAUCGAGACCUGUGUGGAUCGAGUAAAAAGCCGUCGACGAAUCAGAAACCUAAUCCUGAACAGCAUUCUGCACAGUUUUCAAUUCAGCAGGCUCCACCAAGUCCCCAAAGGAUACCGGUACAGCAACCGCCGCAUUUUUCCCCGCAACUUCCCCCCCAACAUCACCUCCAUCAUCAGCCACCUCCACAAGUUCCUAUGGAUCAAGCAGCUUCUGCGGCUACCAUAAGAUUCCAUAAGAGCCCAUCACCACCACUGAUUGUGCUGGAGAACAAGGUAUUGGCACCCAACGAGAAGAUCGAUUUGAGUGGCCUGCGACUGCCAAAUACUCCAGUGACAACCACUGUGAUACAGUUAAAACCUACAGAAACUCCCGUUCAACCCACUCCCCAAUCCAAAGGGAUCAGGGGCAAGGUCAUUAUGAACGCCAAUAAGUUCAAGGUAUCGAAGGAGAAGCUGGCCGAGAUGGCCAAAGAGAUUCGCAGUCAGGUGGAGCAGGUCAAACUACCGCAAACAUUGAAGCCACUUAAUUCAAAGGAUUUAACUCCACCAGUUGAAACGCCCUUUACCAUUAGCUCAAUACUUCAAAGAAAACAUACUCCAAUUUUUGAUCCUACAUCUAUGGAGGAAAGCACCGUUCCCGAACAUAGUCCGGCUUUGAACAAAGUAAACGAAGUGUCAUCUUGUACUGGCACAGUGGUUGCAAUAGAUCUAUUACCUGCAGAUUUUUUACCUGAUCAAUCAAAUGAAACUACAGAUGCAAUGGACCAUCCAGAAGAGGAGCCCACAGAUUUUUCGGUUUCAGGAGGUGAUGGGACUCCUGAGCCUGAACAGUUAUGUGGAUCUGUAUCUGAGACAUCGGGCACGCUUCAUUUGUCUGAAGACGCUCUUGCUUCAUCCGAACCAAAUCAAGAUAGCCAAAUGGUAGAAAAUAAAUCGAGCCCGGUCAAACAAGCAGAAAGCGUCGUCUCGACUUUGGAAACGGAAGGAGUGGGCACAGUUUCAAACCCCCUUGUUUUGCCCGUAUAUAUAACCUCAACACCGAACCUGAAAAAGCCAGCCACGGCCACAAAGUCAAGCCCUCUCAAGCCCUCUUCUGAAGGAAUACAAUAUCCUGAGCAAAAUAGUUCUGUAUAUAUUUCUUUAACUCCUCAAGGUGGAAAAUUAGUAGAUGGGAUAAGCUCAGAAUCAAACGCUGUUGUCUUGCAGGAACCAAAAGAGUUGCAGCAAGAUGUGACCACAGAAAGCCGAAUUAUUGAAAUGUCAGUCUGUAUUCCUUUGACUUAUGAAACAGAUGGCAAAUCUUCAGAACCUAGGAAUACCGACUUGACUUCGAAUGUGUCUCCAACUUCCAAAGUAGAUGAAAUUUCUGUAAGUCCUUCAACAAGCUCAUCUUAUGGUUCAGUGGCCACAUCACCAGUGAGUAAUAUCAAGUCCAAUUCUCAGGUGACCCCACCACCAGUGCAAAAAGUCCAGUCCGCAGUGGAUUUUAUAGCCCAACUGACUGCAGAGAAAGAUCUAGACGAAAGUAGCUUCAUGGAUCUUUCGCCGGAGGAACAAAGAUUAAACGCUCUUUUUGGAGGAAGUAUUUGUACGUUUACAGGUGUUUCGCCCGUCAAUAAGUCUCCCCAGCCUGAAAACGACUUUACUGAAGUGUCGCCCGUUAAGGAGUCUUCCCAGCUUGAGGACGAUUUGCCCAUUGGAAAGAUUGUCAAAUUGGAUGAUAUGAACAUACUGCACGCUACUUUAGAUGUGAACAGCGAUAGUACAAACAUACUACGCAUCAGUCCAAAUGCGAUGAUGAUGCAAAGCAGUGUGGCCACAAUUGACAUGUCGCUGGAUGUAGAAGGUGUUGUAGAUUCAGUUCUGGAGGGGACAAAUGUGCAAGUCAACAUGCAAAUUACACCCGGCAGGAUUGAAACUGAAAAAAGAAAUCCUAACGUAGCCAAUGAGGAAACAGCUAGUCCAGACGAAGUCCCAACCUUAACAGAAGAAUCUAAAAAGUUAAAAGAGCCUGUGGAGGAGGUCAAGUCAGUUUCCGAUCCAGAGCCUGCAAAGGAGACAAGGCCCGUAAAAAGGGCUCCUAUAAGAUCCAAAAAAGCUAAAAUUAAUUUAGUGCAACGCACAAAAAGACCGAGCAUCCCAAAGCCUUUUGAAGCCAAGAAGACCAAGCUAGAUUUUGAGGCGGACGAUGAGCAGACGAUGGCUGUCGAUCAGACCUUGCUGGAGGACCGAUACGGAGUCGCAGCAAUCGAGGUAAUAGUCAAUUCUGAUAGCCUUAGCUCAGACAAAGUAAAUCUUAAUUUAUCUAGUGCUAAAAACAAUUCAAAGGUGCCAGCAGAUGAGAAGCAGCGCGAAGAAGAAAUCAUUCAGUGCAGAGAAGAAGUUGCUGGUCUACAUGAAGAAUAUCCAAAUAUCCAAUCCGAAGAAGAGGAAGUCGAAAACCCAAAACUGAAUAUUCAGGAAGAACAAGAAACUAUAACCAAAUCAUCAACUGAACGAGACCUAACCCAAUUAUAUCAUCCACCUAAAAUGCCCAAAAGUAAAGCUAGUACAAAGAGCAGUAGCCAUGAGGCCCUGGAGGAUUCACAGCCCGCAACAUCAAAAAGAAGUGUAUCUCUAAAAGAAGUCCUUUCACAGGAUCCACCCUUGCCCCAAGGCGAGGCCCGAUUGCCAUUUCGCAAGGAGUCCAACCAGUUAAAUUCCACUGCAUGUAGUUCACCUAAUGUCACAGGAAUACAACAUUUACUUGGGCACUUGACCACCGAAAAGGUGAUUCCCCAAGUCAAAAAGCUUUCGCCAACAACCAAAUCUGAAGAACCAACAAAACCGAUACCCCGAAAAAAACUUGUUAAGACGAGACCUGUUCUCAGCAAAAGAUCCUCAAAAGUUUCUCAGAAAAAUAUACCAGAAAGCCAUAAUCAUUUUGAAUUUCUCCAUCCAGUUAGUGCAAGUGUGGGAGGUCGCAUUCCCACCUCGAGUACAAGUGACGAUGAUGGUUCCAUAUUUCUGGGCUUUGAUGACAAAGAAGAAAAGCGUUCCAAAACUCCUCUAAGAAGCAAAAGAGUUAAACAAAUGAAGAUCAACGAAACGGACAUAAGCGAUGACGCAACCCCCGAUUACGAUGAGACUGAGGAGGAGCAGCAGUCUGUGGAGACACGGGGACCAGUGAAGAAUUCCCAGUUUGAUACCCAGUACACUUUUAAAAAGCAUACCGUCGUAGAACCUUUGUCUGAUGAUUCAAAUAGUAGCUAUGGUGCUCCUACAAGUCCAUUGGAUUUUGGGGACAACGUUUCGACUGAUGGAAACCAAACCAAUGAGGAAUAUCCAAUGAAGCAAAACACUACAUGGGAAGAACUAGUUAAUGAAAACUCUUCUGAGGUUGCUAAUGAUGAUGCGGUAAACGCCACCAAAGAGCCCCAAGAAAACUCUUCACAAACCGCAGUCGAAUCAGUUAUACCUACUUUAGAUUGUGCCAGAAUCGAAGAUCCUCCUAAAACUGAUUUAAGCACCAAUUCAUCUGGCGAUAUAAUCGAGGACUAUCCCAAAACCGAUUUAGACACCAAUUUAUCUGGCUUCACUCUUAAAGUGUCACUUUUAAAUAAUUCCAAUGAACACUCUGAACCUAAACCUCUCACUGUUAUGGACGAAAAACAACCAGAAACUUUGAUUAACGAAAAGGAUUUAUCGUUAGGAGACAGUAAACUACGAAGGAGUAGGAGAAGGUCAUUAAAACAAAGUUUACUUCCUGGUAUAGAGACUCCAAAAGAACCCUCUACAAGCAAAGAAAGUUUAACAAAUACUAGAGCUACGAAAAAACGAAUGACGAGAAGUCGUUCAAAAACUCCAGUAUCGUUAGAAAACACAGAACCGUCACGUGUUGUGGAUGAAAUUAGUUUGUCUGACGAUGCACACCCAACUGAAAAUUUAAAACAUGUGGAAAAUAAAGAUUUAAAGAAAGAUCUAGAAAAAAGAGAAGCAAUAAAAGACCAUGCAAAAUCUAGAGGAAAGCGAAAGACUCGAUGUGGUAAUAAAGAAGUUACUGAAGUGAAAACUACGGAACUACUUUCUGAAAAAGGUGCUCAGAAAAAAGAGGAACAUGUUAAAUCAUCCGAUGAGAGAUUGGACGACGGCGAAGCAUCUGAGAAACAUCCUUUGGCUAAAACGACAUCAGAGAAUAAGGGGAAUAUAGAUUCUACUGAAAACCAGCAGGAAGAGAAAUCCACAGAAAAGCCUGUGACACCAAAAAAAUCGAGGGGAAAAAGAAAUUCUCGGUGUUUUGCGCCCAAAAUGGAAGUCAUCAAAGUCAUUAUUUCGGAGAAUAAAGAUUCUUCUAAGGGUGAUUUAGAAGAAGUUAAAGCAGCAGAGGAAAUGAAAUCUCCUCAGAAAUAUGUUCCUACCAAAGCAACAGAAAAUAGAAACUCAAUGGUAAGGACGAAAGAUAAAAACUCGUUUGAGGAGCCAGAUACAUCCAUAAAAGCUGAAGGAAAUCGAAAAUCCCGAUGCACUACACCGAAAUCUAAGGUGGCACCUGUGAUUCAACCUGAGGCAGUUGCAAAUCCCGAACUUGUUUCUGAUAAUUCGAGUCCUAAGAAGAAAGAGGAUAUAACACGGCAUACUAGGAGUAAUACACCAAAGGCUCAAGUUCCUGUAGUUUGUGUACCUGCUGUUACCGAAAAUGAAUCAGUUGAAGGUCCAGAGAAUGCGAGUAAAGCGAAAGGUUCCCAAAGACCAAAGAGAAAAGGGAAAUCCCCUUACAGUAGAGUUAAACAAUCCUCAGUAAAUUCCAUAGUUUCUGAGCUUGAUAAUGUAACUGGUACUAAUAAUCAAGAUUCAGAGAUGGCUAUGGCCACAGUUAUUGCAUCCGAGGAACCAAAAGAAGUUGUCAAUCCGGAAAAAAGCAGUUACUCCCGAAGUAAAUCCCCAAAACUAGUUCCGCAUGUUAUCCAUACCGAAGAGGAUUUGGCAACUGAGGAAAUCACUUUGAAAACAGAUUUGCAGGCGAAACUGGACGACGAAGAACCAAACCAAGCGACAAAUGUUUUAAAAACAAAUAAGAAACGACAUUCUCGACGAAAAACACCGGAAGUAAGAGCUCCACCAGUUACACAAGUUGAACCACCUUCAAAACCUGACAUAAGUCCAGAAGAAUCACUUACAGAGAUUAAUAGUACAACAGUUCAAGCCGCAGAUGAAACUAUACAGCCGACAACAUCUAAGAAACUAAGGGGAAAAAGACAAUCUCGAUGUGCUUCGAAACCAAACUCAACUGCUCAAGAAGCUCAGCCCGCAGUGUCUAUUCCACCAGAAGAACCUCGCCCAGUGGAAGCAGAUUCUUUGGUGGCGCGGGUUAAACGGAAGGCUCCAUCUCGUUACAGUUUAGUACCACCAGACAUUCCCAUCUCAUCAGUUAGUACUUCCGAAGAAAAUGAAAAUCUCGAGUCCGCUCCUAAAGAAGGCAGAAGACGUAAUGCAGCUACCACACCAGUGCAAGCAUCAACUCCAAAGUCACGAAAAUCCAUGCCCUCGAAUGUUAGCGAAAUGAUUUUACCAAUAAGUGAAGAGCCAAAAGUUCCGUCAAAAAGAGGAAGGAAGCGCGCUGCUCCUGAUAAUUUGGAUUCGGAGUCAGCCAAGAAACAGAAGACUGAAGAGGGUGUGGAAACCGUAAGCAUAGUGGACUUUAAUCUACGGCUCCUGCUCAUAAAAAGGCGAGAACAGUUGGACACUGAAGAAAUCUUAACAGACGAUGGCAAAGGCGAGGGUCCUCUGCAAUGUGGCUUGUGUUUGGCUCGCAGCGAUAAGAUCAAUUGGCUUCGCCAUCUUGGAGAGCAUUAUGGAGUGGGUUGGCUUGUGGGAGAAUCACCAAGGAAAAUCACGCGUACUUCGGUGAUGAAUAUGAUGAAGAACUAUCUCCAGAAUAGCAGCCAAAAGCUUAAAUGUCGGCUAUGCGAUCACCAACUGGGGUCUUACCUUGGCAUGAUGCUCCACCUGGAAGGUUGUGGCAAUAAGCAGCGCCUGACGUGCGAUUACUGCCAACGCUCUUAUACCAAACUCUCACUACCGAGUCAUAUUCGGACCUGUCCAAAGCGAUUGAAGUCCGGCGUUGAUGAAGAGACGGAGCCAUCGGAAGGAGAAGCUAGUGAACCGGUAUACAGCAAUGCGGGCCGUGCCAAGCGGAAGUCUACUAUCAAAGCUGAAACGAAAUUAAAGAAAUUAGGAGAGCAUCUAGGCUUGCAAAAGCCGGGGGAAGAGGGUACCGCCAAAAUCGAUUUCGAUGGCGAUGCCUCGGACUACGAUAUGACGAAGGACAAGGAGUCGUCUGAGGAAUAUGAUUCGGAGGGAGUGGAUUCCAACGAGGACUCACUAAGCUCCGAAGAGGAGGGCAGCCUGGCUGAUAUGUCUUCCACAACCAAGCGAAAGAAUUCGAAGAGACGUGGGGACAUUGACCGGAAAAGGACUUAUAAACGGGCAGUUAAUCUGGGAGAAUGUCAGCAGAAGCCUUUACUCUCACGAUAUCACCACUUGGAGGCUAGGGCGACUCAUAAAUGGAACGAAUUUGUGCGACUGAAUUAUGAAGCUGAUCUGUUGUUCACCCAACUGCUGCCGAGUUUUUCGAAAGUUUCUGCACAGGCUAGUGCUUUGCUGCCCUCUAAAGAGACGGCAUCCAUGGGCUAUGCAUAUGGUAAAAUAACCAAUGAAGACGAGUGGAAGCAGUUAGCCCCGUUUGAGGGCUUCAACAAAGAAGGUGAAUAUGUGGGCUAUCUGGGUCACUCUAUUAAAAAGCUCGCCUGGGUGCCGCUGCCCUCGAAAGUUACGAACCAGUACUUAGUAUGCUCCCUGCGUCCAAAGUUGAAAUCCUUUGCGAGGCAUACAAAACUAAAGGAUGAAGAUGCCCUCCUGAUGCUGCUGAAAUGUACUGUUUCUGCCGGCAAACAUGGGCACAAAUCGUGGGCCAUUCGACCGGAGCUUCAUUAUGGCAUUCGAGUACGCCAUGGGCCCGUCAACAGCUUCUGCUUCUUGCCCAGCGGUGGUUAUGAUGAGACAUCGAAUCGUCUGGGACUUUUGGCUGUGGCGAAUUCCUUGAGUGACGUCCAUAUUUAUGCGCUGCCUUUGGAGGUAGAAAAAGAUCUGAACGCAGAGGAGGACGUGGUAAUUCAACCCGAUCCAUUGAUUAUACUCAGCUUGGAUGUGAACAAUCCUGUCCAGGAACAGUGCACCAAAAUUUGCUGGUCGCAGUCUUUGGGACACAACUUCAUUGCUACGGGCUAUAGCAGUGGCUACAUUGCGUUUUGGGACAUUAGCGAGAAAGACAAUAUCAACUGCUUUAAUCGAAACAAUCAGACCUAUUUUGUGCCUCUCCAUUUCUUUUACAUAGGCGAGCGAAAUAUCCAGUUUAUGGAUCUUCAUUACGACAACAAUGGACCACGUUGGCUUGCAGUUGGCACAGCAAUACGACAAUUUAAAAUCUUUGACAUUGCGAACUGGUCGAAACCUUUCAUUCUGACACAAGAGGCUAUCUGCAAUCUGUACAUGGCUAACUUGACCUGGUCUCCUAUUUGGGAAACACUAGUCGUUAGCAGUUCACACUUUAGUCGUGCGAUAGCAGUCAGUGUGUCGGGUAUACAGUUCGAGCACAGGACCCUCGACGGAACGCUGACGACAAUACGGGAUAUGCACUCAAAUUGUCAGCAAAAUCACAUGGUGUUUGUAACGGACAACGGCGACCUGGUGUUCCUGGAUGUGCGAGAUCUCAACUGUGGCCCUGCACUGCUGAAGUCCACAGUGAACACCAGGGCCGUGUCCACUUCCGAGCUGCAUCACCUAGGCGAGAGUACUCCUAAGCCCAAGGAGCCUAUCAGCGCAGAGGAUUUUCUCCGCGACUAUGGGGUGCAAAUCAAUCCGCUGGUGCCCGAGCCCCACAGUCGAAAGUCUGCAUACCUGAACGCCCAACGUCGACCACAAAACAUACACUCCCUGGCCCUGACCAGAUCCAAUUGCGUUCGUUGCAAUUGGAACUCUCCAGCCCACACUUGGGUUGCCGUGGGCUCAGAACACGGCAUGCUGCGAAUCCUUAACUUCGAGAGGGAUAAAUUCUUCUAAAGGAUUUUUCCCUGACUUUUCUCUGGCAAUUGAAUGUCUUUUGAACAAGCACCAUCUGAGAUUAUAAAUUAUUAUUUUACCACAUAGGGGACUUAGUUAUAGAGAUCGUCGUAGGACAGUUAAAUUAUGAUCGAAAAUUUUUUAUGUAUAAUUUAUUUAUAGGUGAUGUAAAAAAAUAUAUAUUAUAUAUUUUAUAUGGAGUUAUUGUAGUUUAUAACGAAAUAUACUUGCUUUGCAAACAA